AUGGCCGACACCGAGGCCAUGCCGACCUUUGGGUCUGAACUCAAGGAUGGCUUCAAGCCGGCCAACGCCUGGGUCGCCAACGGUAUAGCCUGGCUCGACGACAUUCAGGGCUUCUACCGCGAGCGUAGUGCCAUCGAGAAGGAGUACAGCGCCAAGCUCAAUGCGCUCGCCAAGAAGUACUUUGAGAAAAAGACCAAGAAGUCGUCCAGUCUGAGUGUCGGCGACACCCCGGCCAUGACUCCCGGCUCGCUCGAAAAUGCCUCGUUGACGAUUUGGACCACGCAUCUCUCGACCCUCGAAGCGCGAGCCGACGAGCACGAAAAGUAUGCCAACGACCUCGUCAACAAGGUUGCGGAGCCUCUCAAGAACCUCGGUGCCCGCUUUGAGGAUCUGCGCAAAAGGCAUGGCGAGUAUGCUGCCAAGCUGGAAGCCGAGCGGGACUCUUCCUACGCGGAUCUGCGCAAGGUCAAGGGAAAGUACGAUGCGGCCUGCCAGGAGCUCGAAAGCAAGCGCAAGAAAUCCGAGUCAUCAUUUGACAAGGCCAAGGCCCAAAGCCAGUACCAGCAGCAGACUCACGAGAUGAGCAAUGCGAAGAACACCUAUCUCAUUGCCAUCAAUGUUACCAACAAACAGAAGGAGAAAUACUACCACGAAUACGUCCCGGAGCUGCUCGACAGCAUGCAGGACCUUUCGGAAUUCCGCACGAUACGCCUCAAUGCUCUGUGGACGAUGGCAAACACACUUGAAAAGAGCAUGCUCGAUCAGAGCUCAGGGCUUGUAGAUCAUGUCACUCAGGAAGUGACCCGAAACCAGCCUCACCUUGACUCGAUGAUGUACAUCCGCCACAACAUGGGCGCCUUCCAGGAACCGCCGGACAAGGGCUUCGAACCCAGCCCAGUGUGGCACGACGACGACUUGAUGGUGACCGAUGAACAAGCCAAAGUGUUCUUGCGAAACGUCCUCAACAAGUCCAAGGGCCAACUGGGAGAUCUGCGACGUGAAGUCGACAAGAAGAGACGAGAGGUGGAAGGUGUUAAACGAAUCAAGCAAGAGGUUCGCGAAGGCCGAGGGAAGAAUGACGAGGUGACUGUGAUCUCACAGAUAUUUGCCCUACAGGAAGCUCUACACCAAGUGGAGCGGAAGAGAAUCUCUGCCGAGGUCGAAACGUCAACUAUCACCUCAGUGGUGGGAGAUGUCACCCUGGGUGCCAAGAACCACAACUUCAAGGCGCAGACGUUCAAGAUUCCCACCAACUGCGAUCUUUGCGGAGAAAGGAUAUGGGGCCUGUCCGCGAAAGGCUUCGAUUGCCGUGAUUGCGGCUACACGUGUCAUAACAAGUGCGAGAUGAAGGUCCCCGCUGAGUGUCCAGGCGAGCUGAACAAGGACGAGCGGAAAAAGUACAAGGCGGACCGUCAGUCAGCUGCGGGCGCGCUUUUGUCGCCUUCGGCUGCGAAGUCGACAGAUCAGGUCUCGGAAUUGCCAGAUCUCACGCGAUCCAACACCAUGACGUCUCUAAGCUCCGGCUAUGCGGCGAGCGCACAUAGGUCUAUAAGUGGUCCUGUUACCUCUGCACCGCGGUCUCCUGUCGAGGAAACUCCACCCGAAGCCCCGGCGCCAAGCACGAGGCCUGCCCCUUCGGCGGGGAGGAAGAAUAGGAUCAUGGCUCCGCCCCCAACGGCAUACAUCACGGAGGGCAAUGGUGGACCAACCAAUGGAUCAGCAGCGAGUAGGGUGACGGAACAGAAGGGCAAAAUGCUCUACGGCUUUGAUGCGAAUGGCGACGGAGAGAUCUCGGUCGCUGAAGGCAAGGAAGUGUCCGUCCUUGAACCCGAUGAUGGAUCUGGCUGGGUCAAGGUUCGCAAUGGCUACAAGGAAGGCUUGGUGCCAGCAACCUAUAUAGAAGUAUUUGCCGCGCCGAUUAUGCCGCAAGACACGGGCUCAUCCCUUGGCAAUCGACCGCCAUCAACGUACUCAAACUCUGGGUCAUCCAUCGGCACCACAGGGCCUGCUGGCAAGAAGAAGGGCCCGGCUGUCGCCCCACGCAGAGGAGCCAAGAAGCUCAAAUAUGUUGUUGCCCUGUACGACUACACGGCACAGAGUGAUACCGAGCACAGCAUGGCAGAAGGUGAGAGGUUUGUCCUCAUCAAGGAAGACCCGGGAGACGGUUGGGCAGAAGUAGAGAAGGGUGGUGCCACCAAAAGCGUUCCUGCGAGCUACGUGCAAGUAGAGUAG